UUUCCUCCCACUCUUGUUCUCAAGGUUUGUGCCUCUGACUUCAUGGCUGCCGGACACUUUGUGCUACUCUGAUCUUUUAGCUGAAAUGCUGUGGGUUUCCGUAUCGCAGAUGUGUGUAACAGUUUCCAUCUUCCGGUCGCCGGAACCACUGUAGCCGCUGCUCCUGCUGUGGUGGGGUGUACCUCUUUGGAGUUCUUGGAGGUGGUGCCAGAUCAGAGUGGCAAGUGUGGUAACCAAUAGGCAGGGAAGUUGCUGGGGUAGAAGCCAAUGAGGAAUCUGGUGAAGCGAGGCGGCAGUAAUCUGAGGAUGUAGGCUCUGAUUCGAAGCAAUAUGCGGCUGUAUCAGAGCUGGCGACCGCUGCGGCUCCCGUUCCGGCUCUCCGGGUUGCAAGCCCACAAGCUACAUACUUUGCAUGAGGCGUCCGUGCCGACCCCUCCCCGUUGGUUGGUAGAGCGGCUUGGCCUUUUUGAGGAGCUAUGGGCUGCUCAGGCAACGAGGCUAGCAAGCACUGCACGGAAGGAAGCCCGGACUAUUACGGUGUCCCUUCCUGGAGGCCAGAAAGUGGACGCUGUGGCGUGGAACACAACCCCGUACCAGCUGGCCCGGCAGAUGAGUUUAACACUGGCAGAUACUGCCCUGGCUGCUGAAGUGAAUGGAGAACCCUAUGACCUGGAGCGGCCCUUGGAGACAGAUUCUGACCUCAGAUUUUUGACUUUUGAUUCCGCAGAGGGAAAAGCGGUGUUCUGGCACUCUAGUGCCCACGUCCUGGGGGCAGCCGCUGAACAAUUCUUGGGUGCUGUUCUCUGCCGAGGUCCAAGUACAGAACAUGGCUUUUACCAUGAUUUUUUCCUGGGAAAGGAACGGACAGUCCAGGGCUCAGAGUUACCUCUUUUGGAGCAAAUUUGCCGGAGGAUUGCAGCUGAUGCACAGCCCUUCCGCAGGCUGGAGGCUUCCCGAGAUCAGCUGAGUCAGCUCUUUAAGGAUAACCCCUUUAAGCUUCAUCUGAUCAAGGAGAAAGUGACAGGCCCAACAGCAACGGUGUAUGGGUGUGGCACAUCAGUUGACCUUUGCCAGGGACCCCAUCUUCGGCAUGCUGGACAGAUCGGAGUGCUGAAGCUGCUCACGAACUCCUCGUCCCUGGGGAGAUAUCCAGGGAGUCCAGCACUGCAGAGAGUGUCGGGGAUUUCCUUCCCCACAGCCAACUUGCUGAGGGCAUGGGAAGCACAGCAGGAGGAAGCUCAGUCUCGGGACCACAGGCGCAUUGGAAAGGAACAAGAGCUCUUCUUUUUCCAUGAACUGAGCCCUGGGAGCUGCUUCUUCCUGCCACGUGGGACCAGGGUGUAUAAUGCCCUGGUGGCAUUUAUAAGGGCUGAGUAUGCCCGCCGCGGUUUUUCAGAGGUGAAAACUCCCACACUAUUUUCUGUGAAACUGUGGGAACAGUCGGGGCACUGGGAACACUACAGGGAAGACAUAUUUACCCUGCAGUCCAAGGGCUGUGACAGGCCUGCCAGCCCCCAGAGUGACCACCUGGCCCGACAUCCCACAGCAACCCUCGCCCUCAAGCCCAUGAACUGCCCGGCACACUGCCUGAUGUUCGCCCACCGGCCUAGAUCCUGGCGGGAGCUGCCUGUGCGACUAGCUGACUUUGGAGCCCUGCACCGAGCUGAGGCCUCUGGCAGCCUGGGGGGACUGACACGACUUUGGCGCUUCCAGCAAGAUGACGCUCACAUCUUCUGUGCCCCGGAUCAGCUGCAAGCAGAGAUCCAAGGCUGUCUUGAUUUCCUCCGCUCUGUCUAUGCUGUCCUUGGCUUCUCCUUCCGCCUAUCACUGUCUACCCGGCCAUCUGGCUUCCUGGGGGAGCCUCGCCUUUGGGGCCAUGCUGAGCAGGUCCUUCAGCAGGCCUUAGAGGAGUCUGGAGAAUCCUGGGACCUCAAGCCUGGAGAUGGUGCCUUCUAUGGCCCUAAGAUCGACGUGCACCUCCAGGAUGCCCUGGGUCGGCCCCAUCAGUGUGGGACGAUCCAGUUGGACUUCCAGCUGCCCCUGAGAUUCAACCUCCAAUACAAGGGGCAGGCGGGAGCCCUAGAGCGUCCGGUCCUCAUCCACCGGGCAGUGUUGGGCUCUGUGGAGAGGCUGUUGGGAGUCUUGGCCGAAAGCUGUGGGGGAAAAUGGCCCCUGUGGCUGUCCCCAUUCCAAGUGGCGGUCAUCCCUGUGGGGACUGAGCAGGAGGAAUAUGCCAAGGAGAUACAACAGAGUCUGCAGGCUGCAGGGCUGGCUGGCGACCUGGACGCAGACCCAGGACUGACUCUCAGCCGCAAAGUCCGCCGGGCCCAGCUUGCUCACUACAAUUUCCAGUUUGUGGUUGGCCAGAAGGAGCAGAGUAACAGAACAGUGAACAUACGUACUCGAGACAAUCGCCAGCUUGGGGAGCGGGACCUGAUGGAGGCCGUGCAGCGGCUUGUGGAGCUGCAGAGUGCCAGGGUCGCCAAUGCUGAGGAAGUGUUCUGAGCCUUUGCUCAUAGCUAAGGCAAAGAUCUGUGCAAGCUGUGAGCUUCUCCUAACCCAGUGCAAGUGACAGUCCCCUAAGGAGACUGUUUCAGGGCCUACUGGGGAAGGAGAGGAGUGUGUGGGUGUGAGAAGAGUAAACUAAAAAAUAAACUUGAAGCUGCGG